CCUAGCCCAGUACUUGUUGAACUGUCGCCAGCUACACACGCCCAAUGCCGCCCAAACGACGGUUUCGGGUCAAACUCAAAUAAUACCUUUAUUUACUUACAAAAAUAAACAAAUGGGAUAAAAAGUUUCUUGCACAGUGACUUGAGUGGCAAACUAUUGUGAUUGUUUUUAGUAAAAUUUCGUGUGAUAUUAGUUUAAGUGACUUUUAGUGUAGAAUGGAGGAACAAGCAGAGAGCAAGGAGAGACUGCAGCGGGCGCCCUUUGAGACCGCCCUGCACCAUGCCGGUUACGGCUGUUUCCAAUGGCUCCUGCUGAUGUCAUGCGGCGCUGUGUACGCGGUGUGCGCGCUCAGCACGACCACGCUCAGCUUCGUGCUGCCGGCGGCGGAGUGCGACUUCAGCCUGUCCUCUAGUGACAAGGGCCGGCUGACCGCCACACCGCUUAUUGGGAUGUGCGUAGGCUCCUACUUUUGGGGUAACCUGGCGGACGCCCGGGGCAGAAAGAAGGCUAUUAUUGGAGCCCUUCUACUGGAUGCUUUAGCGGCAUUUUUAUCCAGUCUUGUACAGACUUUCCCUGCGUUUCUCGCUUGCAGGUUCUUCUCCGGGUUCGGCAUCAUCGGUGCCACGGGGCUGGUGUUCCCGUACUUCGGGGACUUCCUGUCCCUGCGGCAUCGGGAUGUGAUGCUGUGCAGGUUGGAGGUGUUCUGGACAUUUGGGACUAUUCUGUUGCCAGGAAUCGCGUGGCUCAUAAUCCAAGACCCUCGUUUCAACAUCACCGCCGAAGGAGCAGCAUUCCAAUACACAUCGUGGCGAGUAUUCGUGGCAGCGUGUGGGGUUCCCAGCCUGCUGGUGGUGCUGCUGCUGCUGCCGUUCCCCGAGAGCCCGCGCUACCUGCUUCACGCAGACAAAACGGAGCAGGCCCUACAAGUGCUGCAGCGCAUCUUUGUUGUUAACACCAAGCUCACGGAGAGGGAGUUUCCGGUGGAAUCAAUGAUAAGCGCUUGUGAGGACGCAGAAGAAGAAGAAGUAGUAGCAGACACAAAUGGUAAUGAGACCAAAACCCCGCUCACUUGGAGCCAGCGCUGGCAGGCGUUCUGGAGAAGAAAGAAGAUGUUAGUCACACCGCCGUAUAUCGGGCUCUUGGUGUUGUGCUGCUUUGUGGAUUUUGGACUUAUGUUUAGUUAUUACACACUAAUGAUGUGGUUCCCGGACCUCUUCGAGCGGUUCAGCCAGUUCUCGUCUCUGUACCCGGAUAUAUCCGCCGGGGUUUGUGAAGUGUCCGCUAAUGUCACCAGAUCUGAACUAUUGGGCGCGGCGGAGUGCCCGCAGGUGAUCGACGACGCGGUGUACAUCCACACGCUGGUGGUGGCGCUGAGCUGCGCGCCCACCGCGCUCUGGGUCGGCCUCACCAUCAACAUGCUCGGCAAGAAGCUCAUGCUCGUGAUGAUGUUAAUAAGUUCCGGGCUAGCGGCCCUCGGCCUGAACCUCGUGCGUUCGUCGCUCGAGAACCUUCUGCUCUCUUGUGUGUUCGAAGCGAUCGUCAGUUGUACUGAAGCGGUGUUGUUCUGUGUUAUUUGCGAGAUCUUCCCUACUAAAGUUGCCGCGACCGCGAUGGCGGUGACGGUGAUGUGCGGGCGGGUGGGCGCCAUCGCGGGCAACGUGGUGUUCGGCGCGCUCGUCGACCAGCACUGCGUCGUGCCCAUCUACAUGUUCGGCGCGCUGCUCAUCACGAGCGGACUCCUGUGUAUAAUUCUACCAAAGAGCACUCGACCGGAGAGGCCACACUGAUGCUAAUAUAUUUUAUAUUACUAUUGUAUAUUAUUAUUAAUUAAUAUUAUUAAAUUAGCCAUUGUAAGCACCA